GUACGCGGAGUGUAAAUGUGGUGGGACAAGCGGCUGUGAAAACGAGAUGGAAGUGAAGGACGCCAACGCUGCAAUGCUCAGUAAUUAUGAGGUGUACCAGCUCCUCACGGACCUCAAGGAACAGAGGAAGGAGAGCGGCAAGAGCAAGCACAGUGCCGGCCAGCAGAACCUCAACACCAUCAUGUACGAGACUCUGAAGUACCUGUCAAAGACGCCCUGCAGCCACCAGAGCCCUGAGACAGUGCGGGAGUUCCUCACUGCCAUGCUGCCUCACAAACUCACCAAAGCAGAGAAAUUGCAGCUGCUGAAUCACAGGCCACAGACAGCAGUUGAGAUCCAGCUGAUGGUGGAGGAGAGUGAGGAGAGGCUGAUGGAGGAGCAGAUAGAGCAGCUGUUGCAGACGGUGACAGACAUUCUCCCUGGAGACCCCCAGCAGGACAACGGCGUUGGCCCCGAUGACGCAGAGAUGGAGGAGGCCAAGGACUGACCACCUACAUGCUGCCCCCUUCAGUGGCCGGAGUGCUAAUGGACCAAUCGGGACAGGGCUCUGGGGAUUUGGAAGAAUGGGUGUGAAAUUAUGUUAUGUGUGUGGAUGCUAAGUCUCACUGUGCUGGAAGCAACUCUCUCUGAGGAUACUCUGCUCAUUUCUCUUGAGAGUGUAUUAUGAGCUUAGUUAUUUAAAAAAAACCCUUACAUUACAGUGUGGUAGUAAAAAGUAGGGCUCAUAGAGACUUGCAGAGGACUGGGGGCCAGCUCUGUCAUGUGUUUCAAAGUAAUAUGUGAAGAAGGAUGGGAAAGUUGUUACCAGAAUGUGUGUGUGCACGUGUGCGAGUGCAUUUGUUUGUGCGUGCGUGCGUGCAUGU